ACUUCUCCCUCUUCCCUCCUAUAUAUACACUGCACAUUCUCACCAUUUUUCUCAUCCUUUCACUUACUCUCUUAUUGCAAAAAUGGCGUCCAAGAGGAACAUAUUAUCACUCAUGCUGAGCCUGUUGGUCAUUUUCCUUUUCGUCUUCUCAGAGGUGGCAGCAAGGGAACUGAAAGACCUUUCUGGUCGUGAUCGUGGUGGCUUCAAUAGAGAUUCUCGCCUCUUCUGGGGAGGAUUUCCUAACUUCUACGGUGGUUACGGUGGUUACGGUGGCUACUUCAACAAUCCCUUCGAUCCCCGUUACAGUUUUGGCCAGGGCCGUGGUUUCCCUUUCAAUCCUCCUUUUGGAAAUGGUGUGUUCAACAAUCCUUUUGGAGGUGGGUUCAAUACUGGUACAGGUGGAGGGUUCGUUGGUGGGAUCCCUAACAUUGGUGGAGGUGUGAGAGUACCGUGAUAGAUAUUAUUAAGAUGGUGAUGUAGUGAGAGGAUAAGAUCGUUGAGACAGUGAAAUUCUACGUACUAAUUAAUAAUAUAGAUUUCAUCAAUAAGAUUUCUUGUUAUAAGAGGCAUGGAUGAAUAGAUAGCAAAGAUGCAUGCAUGCAUGCUUUGUUGCUUCUCUUUUCUCCUCAUCUCUCUUACGACAAGAGAUAGGGUUGAACAAGUUUUUAGGUUGUGUCUGUGAUGUGUGAUUAGUUUGAGAUAUCUGAUGUACAAAUAAGUUGUCGUAUAUCAUGAUUUUUUCUUCUUCUGCUGUUACCUUUACCAUGUAUCAUCAUCCUCUUUGCUAUUAAGUUUUCUCCUUCAUUCU